CUGAGUGAGGGAAGGAGAUUAUUGUACAGCUUGAGAUUUUCGCUGUAGUGUGAUCACGCAGGAAGCCCUGGUUUUGAUACAUUUAACUGAAUUGGACUUGCAAAAUUUGCAGAAAUGAGACCACCCACUGAAUUUAAACUCACUUCCACACCACCCCUCUCAUGAAGAAUGUUAGGUGACUGCAAAUAGAGGAAGCAGCACGGUCUGAUUUCAGCAUUUCUCUUUUUUUGUCUGACAAAUUAACAAUGUAUUUAGUAGAGCAGUUCAUGCUUGAGCUGACUGACAUUGGACGAUGACUGGAGGCUUGCUGGGUGGUUGCAUCAUGAGGCCAAAUCAUCGCUGGACUCCCCUGGAUGUGUCCAUCUUGGCAUUGUUGUUUCUCACCUUAAACGCGGACACAGGUGAAGACUCCGGCUGUUCCUCUGAAAUCAAAGUACGCCGCAACACAGAGUAUAAAGCUGUUCUUGGAGAAGAUUUCAGGAUUGAAUGUCCAGUUGCUUUUUGUAAUGCUGCACCUCCAGAAGUCCGGUGGUAUAAAGAUGAGAUCUCUGGUCGUCAUGCCAUCAACAGCAGUGAUGGACACACUGAAGUGGAGUGGAAACAUGAAAAUGAAUCUGCAGGAAAAUCCUAUCUGAUCUUCCGAAACAUUCAAAAAAAUGAUGAAGGUUUUUAUUGGUGUCAGAUGCCAGACACUGUGGGUCACAAAAUCAAAGUUUCUGUCAAUGGCUCUGUGAGGAGGAACAAUGCUACACAGACGAAUAACACAAGCAAAGAAGAUCAACCUGAAUCCCCAGAGAAUGUAUGGCUAUAUUUGUACUGUGGUGCCGGGAUCGUCUUGUUUGUCAUCAUUGCGAUAAUUAUAUCUGUCAUAUCGAUGAGAGGAUGCAAAGGGAAAUCGAAGGAAAGGAUCCAAACUGAAAACCAGUAUGAGACCAUUGGCAUGAUCGAGCAACCGUUCUCACACGCCAACCUCCAUCCUUCGCCAAGAGGAAGCCCCUGCGUGCUGCCCCCUCGAAGGUCUACCAAGAGGAAGUCCCCAUCACGGCACCCCAAUGGGUUGAGAUCAUCAAGAGAUAGUGAGCAGCUUUCUGAGCAGAUGAAAGAGGACAGAGUAAAAGCAGCUGAGGUGGAGUACGGUUCUGUUGUGUAUGCUGCUCUCAACCACGAUGUGCCACAGCGACCUGCUGCUCGAGCGCUGAGGCCAAUGGAUGCGACAUCAGAGUACGCAGCUAUCCGUGUGUUAUAAGGAGACAAACCCACAGCAGAAGACCAGGAGUGGACAUUUGAGUGGAGGAGUCCUUCACUUAACUCAUCUCUUUACUGGGAGUCAUCAUGCAGCAGCAAGGAUGGGCGGACUCCAAACAUACUUCAGCACACGCAGCACAAGCAAGCGGUCGGCUGCAAAAUGACACUCAUGAACUGAAUCAAAUAAAUACAACUGUAAACUAAAGCACUGCAUGAAUGUUUGAUAAUUUCACACACAGUGUUGAUUGAUUUUCCGCCUGCAUUUCAUGUUAAGUAGCAUUUCCCGCCCUCAGACCUAUGGAGUACAUCAAGAUGGUUGAAUAGAAACGCAGCCAAAGAGAAUGAUGUCGGUGAACUGAGACUCACCCCAUCCGGAGUAAGAAAAGUGUCACAUAAACGAAAUAUGUAACCCCCCCCCAAAAAAAAAAUACAGAGCAGAAUAAGUGAGUUUCUAUUAAAUAACAUGAAGCAGAGCAGGAGUUGGAGUUUUCUGUUAUGUUGCGGAGUGUUCUGUUAUGUUAAAAUGUCCAGCUUCACAGCAAAAACAUAUAUCCACAGCUAAAUCUAGCAUCCAUGACAACAGUAAACAAUAAACUUCAAUGUACCACAUAAAGGUAAAAUUAUGAGGCCACAAAUUUACAAGGUGAGAGUUUUUAAGUCACAUCUGCAUUGUGGUACGUGGCAUUAAUAGCUAACUGUCAUUACUUUCGCUACUUAGCAGUUAGAGAGCAGAAUCACUCUUAUUAGAAGGGGGCAUUUUAGGAAAAAUAACUGUAUUUGAUGCUUGAGCAUGACUCGCUUUUGAUACCAAUCUCCAGUGGUCCGUUUAUAAAAAGCAAAAUUUCUCAUUUCCUUGUUGGCCUUCGUCUGUUUGUCUGUACCAUAGACCAUAAAACGGCAAACCAUUAGGUCACGUGACCCAUUGGUUUCUGAAGAGUGGUUUAGAAGCCCAUUUUUCUGUUUGCGGGUUGCAGCCAUGUUGAUCUGGAAGACGAAGGAAACAUGACCACUGUAUGUCAGUCAAAGUUAGCUUUUCUCCCACUUCCUUCAGCCGAACCCUGCGGAAAUAUCUGCAGAUCUUCCAUCAGAUAUUUACAGCGGGAUGUAAUGUGUAACAUGUUGAUUCGACAGCGAAACCAAAAAAGACCAUCAAAUUUAGCCGAUGCUGGGUUAAUACAAAUGGGUGGUUGCUUCGCUAAGCGCGGUAGCAUGAAGAUUACCAGUAGAGAUGUGGAAGUGAUAGCAGCUAGCCCUGGCUGAGCCGACUGUCAAUUAUAUUAGAAAUAAAUUUAGUGGUCAAUAUAAACUUUCCUGGUGUGGUACAGAAAAAUUCACCCCCUUAAAGUUGUCAUGGAAACCAAACAAGUGAGGCCAUAACGUUUCUUUGAACUUCGUUUAUUUCUGCUCUAAAGUUAAACAUUUUAACAUGGGAGUCUGCGGAGAUUGACUUGCUUUUGGAGCCCUCCAGUGGUCAGUCGAGGAACUGCAAUGAAUUUUAGCUCCUUAUGAGCCUCAAUGCAGAAGUGAGAUGGUUGGAGCUUGGUGGGAGCUUGGUUGGAGCUUGGUGGGAGCUUGGUUGGAGCUUGGUGGGAGCUUGGUUGGUGUUGGAUUGGUGUUUAAUUGGUGCUUGAUUGGAGCUUGGUUGGUGCUUGGUUGGUGCUUGGUUGGAGCUUGGUUGGUGCUUGGUUGGAGCUUGGUUGGAGCUUGGUGGGAGCUUGGUUGGAGCUUGGUUGGAGCUUGGUUGGUGCUUGGUUGGAGCUUGGUUGG